CCCAUCGCUUGUGGCCCUCACCUAUCAGGAGACCGUCACUCUGCCCUUCCAAGGGGAAUAGGACAGCCGACAGAAACAUCACCAAAAAGGAGAUUUCUGUCUCUGCAAGACCAGGGUUGAUUUGGGGUGCAGGAGGAGUAGGGGCCAGGACUGGUGUCUCAUCCAGGACAGGUUCUUUUGGACCCCAUCCUGACAAGAGCACUCCCCACUGGGAGUCAGGCAGGUGGAAGAUGUUUCACAAGGUCAGAGAUAAAACACCAGAAAUAGAUGACCUGCAGCGACUCCUCUGGACUCAAAGAGGGCCUGGGAACCACAUGGAUGAAGUCUGGCCUAACGUUUAUGUGGGAGAUUUAUGGGCGGCCAGGAAUCUCAAAAUGCUACAGGACCAAGGAAUCACUCAUGUCCUCAAUGCUACCCAUGGGGUUCUGGGCGUGUCUACAGGAUCCAGUUAUUAUUGUCACUUACCUGUGACCUACCACGGGAUACAGGCUUUUGAUGACCCAGCCUUUGAUCUCAGUGCCUUUUUCCACGAGGCAGCAAACUUCAUCCAGGGAGCACUGGAGACACCGGGCGGGAAGGUGCUUGUCCACUGUGCCAUGGGGCUCAGCCGCUCUGCCACCCUGGUCCUUGCCUUCCUCAUGCUCCGGAAGCAGCUGACCCUGGUGGAAGCUCUGAGGACAGUAAGUGUCCAUCGGAACAUCUGCCCCAAUCGGGGGUUCCUGUCCCAGCUGCGUGACCUGGACCUGCAGCUUAGCCAACAACAGCGUAAGGGGAGCGGGGAGAAUCUGACGCCAUCCGCCACUUUGCACCGAAAAUAAAACGGCCGUUUUUAAAAAACCAAA